CGUCGCAGCCCUCGCUCGUGCAAGUGCGUCUCUGUCGCAGGUUUAAGCAAAAUGCCUUUGUAUUAUUUGUAACUUAAGCAGAUUGCAGAUAAAAAAAAAAUGUGAAAAUAAAAUACAAAGAAUAAUGUGAAAUUACGGGCAUAGAAAAUCAAGUAGAUUACAAGUCGAUUUUUUGCGUCUUGCAAAACGUAUGUGUGCUAAAAGCGAAUAAAAAACAAUUCUUUGUGCAUCCGCAAAAUAUAUAAUAAUAGACACGCACAAACACAAACACACACCAACACAGACGAAUGAACGAACGGGGCAGAUAUUUUGCUGCAGAAGGUUCAUUUGCCUCAAAAGCGUGCGUCAAAGUGCAAUAGAUAUUUAUUUAUUUUUUGUUUUCGCAAAAGAAAGAAAUCGAAAUCCAAGUAAGCCCUGACCAAAACAAUCUGCGUAAAGAGUCAACGAACGAACGAAAGUGUGAAAAAUCUUCAAUCAGAGCAGAGAGCAGUCAGCACAGUUUGCUACAAAUAAAGCGGCCGUCAGCAUCUGUUUACCAUUUCAAAAUAAACAAAUGCACAACAGCCAGAGCAACAGCAUAACGAAAACUCAAAUUGAAUACAAGAACAACAGUAGCAGCAGCAACAACAACAUCAGCGUUAACGUUAACGGUAAAGACCGCAAACAAAACAGAAAAAGAAAACAACGUAAGGACAUUGCAAAAUAAGAGUGUGACCAGACUUUGCUGCACUCCUAAUGCAUCCCCUCGAAUGCAGGGCAUAGAGUAAACACACAACAACAACAACAACGAGUGCAAUUACAGUAAAGCACAAACACCAAAAUGUCGUGCGAAAACGCAAAAACAUCAUCAGAUAUCGAGCAUGUGGAUUGGAGCACCGGUGGCUCCGGCCAACACUAUGCAAAUGUCAGAUUUGGUUCAACGAGCAGCCAAGCGUCACAGAAUAGCGGCGACAUUUGCCGCAUCUGCCACUGCGAGAGCGAUCCACAGAAUCCUUUGCUGACGCCUUGCUAUUGCUCCGGGAGUCUCAAGUAUGUGCAUCAGGCGUGUCUGCAACAAUGGCUCACGGCAUCGGCGACCAAUUCCUGCGAACUCUGCAAAUUUCCCUUCAUCAUGCACACCAAAAUCAAGCCCUUCAAUGAGUGGCGCAGCCUUGACAUCUCCAGCAUUGAGCGACGCCGUCUCUGCUGCACCGUACUCUUCCACUGUGCCGCCGCCCUGUGCGUCAUCUGGUCCCUCUGUGUGCUCAUCGAACGCGCCGCAGACGAUGUAAAACGUGGACUGAUUGAUUGGCCAUUCUGGACAAAGCUGGCGGUGGUCACCGUUGGACUCACUGGCGGCGUCGUCUUCAUGUACAUUCAGUGCAAGGCCUAUUUGCAUCUCUGCCAUCGCUGGAAGGCACGCAACAGAAUUCUGCUUAUCCAGAACGCACCAGAGAAGAUCCAUCCGCUGGCGCCGCCAUCUCCAGUUGCGGCUCAUCAUCAUCACUUCAGCGAGGCGCACAGUUCGUUGGCCCACGGUGCGGUCAGCGGCACCGUUGAGAUCAAUGCCAGCGGAGGGGGAGGCGGAGGCGGGGCAAUCAUUGGCCAUGCGAUGCACGACUCCAGCUGUGGCGGUGGCAUGGAGAAUGGCGCCUCGUCGACAGCGUUGCAUCAUCAGCAUCAGCAGCAAAUGCAGCUGCAGUUGCAGCAACGAUUGUUGAACGCUUCGCCACAUCAUAUGCUCGAUGUGGUGCCGCAUAGCAGCAGCAGUGCGGGAACUCAGACCGAGGAUGCACUGCAGCAUGGCCAGCGAAUGCAGCAACAGCAGCAGGGCCAACAACAGUUGGGUCAGGUGGCGGUGGCUGCCAACAUUGAGUGCUCGCAGUCGCAGCACAAUUACGAUCGCGAUUGGGCCCUCGAUGAUGUUGUCUCACAGAUCUCAUCGUUUCGCCCGUGUCCCCAGGGCUCGGGCAGCAUGACGCCGUUCCAUGACUCCAUUCACAAUGUCCUCGAGCAUUCGGAGAGUUCAAGUCGCGGCUCGGCUGCCGAUCUGUGCGCCGGCUCGCGGCAAGAUCUCAGCGCCAGCGGCAUCUCCACGGACACGGGACGCGAGCAUGCCAUGCAGCUGAGCAGCUUCAGUGGCAGCGGUGAGCACAAGGCGCCCUCGAUAAGCUCGGGCGUCUCGCAUGCUGUGGCCAAUGGCUUGGGUGGCUUUGUGUAUAAGCCACAUCAAUCGAAGCGCUACUCGAACUCGUCCAUUUUCCUGGAGAAUCGUGAUAUACUCAACGACUCGCCGCUGUGCGUGGGCGGAGGAGGAGGAGGCGUGGCCACGCCCCUCACCUACGACUAUAGCACACCACCAAAGAUCGACUAUCGCCACGAGGAUGCGUCGUCAUCCACUGGAUUGGGUUUGGUUUGCUGUGCCGUCGACUCAUCCGAUUGCCGACGCAUCGCCAGAGAUGCAACCAGCAGCGAGUUGCGACGCUAUUCGGACACCAAGAUGCAGGUGGGGGGAGGAGGAGGCAACCACAACCAACAUUCAGCCGAAGUUGGCGGCGACAUUGUGCUGGACAUAGAGCUGCCUUCCUCCCCUCUGUCGCCUCCAGCCGCCUACGCCAGUCAUCAUCAUCACCAACAACAACAGCAGCUGGUGCUGCGUCGCUCUUUUGACAAGGGCGUGGAUGAGUCGAGUGGAGCUAUCAAUGGACAUGGACAUGGCCACAAGGGCGUCGCCUCGGUGGAGUCGCAAAUGGAUCGCUCGCGUUUGUUCUUCAAGUCGUUGCCAAAUCUCAGCAGCAGCUGCGAAAGUCUCAUCAAAAAGUGAUGGAACAACAACAACAGCAACAACAACAACAAUGGAAAAUACGCAUCAUCUUUUUUAUAACGCACCCGAUCCCCAAAAACAUCUCUUAACCAGAGGAGCCCAUAAACAAUUUUUGAGACUGCAAAAGAAAACAAAAAAACAAAAAACACAUAACAAGAAAAUAAUAAAUAAUGUAACGAAAAUCAGAUGAUUUCAGUAUCUACAUACAUAUAUAUACUAUAUAGUACAUAUAUAGAAGCUGAACAAAUGAACAAAACUUAUAUAUCGAUUAAAUGUACAUAGAUAUAUAUACUAUAUAAUAUGCAGCAGCAGCAGAAAUAAAAUGCCUCACAAACAUUUUCACAGCUCUCCCCCCCACCCCGAAAUCCCCCCGCGCGCGCUGCCAAAGCUCCGUAUAUACUUACUACUAUUAUUACAAAUUAUUAAUCUAUUAUCAUAUAUAUGAUGAAUGUAUGUAUGUUGUAUGUAAGAAGAGGCGUGGCAAUGUCGUGUGUCCUUUGUGAAAUUUUUGUGUUUUGUUUCUUAACUUCUAAGUCAAAUGAAAUUUUAAAAAAUUGAUCUGUGAUUAAGCGUCAUUGAAUAUAUAUAUAUAUAUAUACAUAACAAAUAAAACAUAACCUAAACAAUAAAUAUUAAUAAUAAUACCGAUUCAUAAUAAUAGCAGCAAUAAUACAAAAACAACAAAAAUCGAAACGAAUAUCAAUGCAAAAAUGAAAUAUUUUAAAAUUAAACUGACAACUACAUAUAAUAUAUAAAUCGCAAAAGCUCUUGAGUCGCAUGAGCUUUUAAGCUCCCUUUUCAACAGCAGCGAGUAAAUUGUAAAUCCUCAAUCAAGCUUUGCGGGAAAUUGUAAGCCGAUUUAGUUAUAGAAAUAUUAGCAUAAUACCGAGCAUUACAACAAACAAAACAAAACAACAACAAAAAGGACAACUAAAUUUUUUAUUAUGUAUUACAAAUAUUACAAAAAAAAAAUAAAUAUGUGCAAAAC